AUGGCUGCGGGCGGCAAGUGCGUGGGAGGUGAGGACGUGGCCCUGGCCGGCGCGGGCCCGGGUCCUCAACACCAGCAGCGCUGGACCCGGCCGGUGGGGACGGAAACUUCCAUGGGCGCUCGCGCCCCAGGCCCCGGACUCAGGACCCCGGACCCUGCCACGCGCGCCCUGGACCCUGCGCCCUGCAGCCCGUCCCCUGCACCCAGCUCCCCGCAUCCCACGCCCCUCACGCCCGGUGCCCCCACCCAGUCCCUACCACCCCCCCGGGCCAUUCGACCCCGCACCCUGCGCCUACCUCGGUCCCAGCCCGCGCCGCGCCCCCGCCGCCCUUGCCGAGCCGGACCCCGCCACGCGCGCCGCCGGCGGCUCAUGCUCGGCUCUGCUCGGCUCCGCGCCGCCCGCCCCGCGCCGCCCCGCGCCGCCCCCGCCUGGCCGAGCGGCUUCUCCGCGCCGCCGCCGGGAUCGGGGUGCGGGGCGCGUAGCUUGGGGUGUGGGGCGCGGGAAGAGGGUGCCAAGGCAGGAACAGCCCAGAGGAGGAGGCGCCACGGCCCCGCACCCCUUGUCAGGUCCCCUGCGCCACAGCAGAGGGCCGAGGGUGGGGUCCUCGCGACCCGGACCCGGCGCAGGCUGGGGUCCAAAGUCACCUUGAGGUCCGUGGCCUGCGUCUCCCCGCGCCCUGCAGGGGGUUUCGGGCCUCUGCGGAGGCGCCUGAGCAAGGAGAAAGCCCGUGUUGGGGCAGGUGCAGGGCUGGAAGGGGAUGCAGCUGUGCGCCCUGCCCCGCUGCAGCUUUUCGGGAAGACGCAGCCAACUGACACAGAAAGCCGCCCCAGGAGAACAGGAGAGAGGGGCCCCGGGGUGCACCAUGGCCUGCGUGGGGAGAAGCAGCGGGCAGAGGUUGGAAAAGAUGAAAGAGUAAUCACAGAAGAAGUGAAUAGUAAAGAGCUAUCACCUGGAGUGGCACACAAAGACUCCACCUCCCUGUCUUCUGAGAACAGCAGCAGCAGUGAGAGUGAGGAGGAAGAUGUGGGCGAGUACCAGCCCCAGCAGCGUGUGACCGAGGGCACCAUCAGGGAGGAGCAGGAGGAGAGUGACGAAGAGGUGGAGGAAGCGCCUGGCCACACAGCCCAGGUAGUGGAGAGGGAGGAAGCGGUGCCCGAAGGCAGCCCGGACAGACACGCAGGGCCCGGUGUGAGCCCCGUAGACACGGAGGCCCAGGACUGUGUAGGCGCCCCAGAGGGAUCUGGAGAGAAGAGUGCAAACAAAGGCUCUGUUAAGCAAGACGGGAGAGAAGAGACCGAGGAAGAGCAACAGAAAGUUCAUGAAGAGGUGUCUCAUGUUGACAUUGAUGUUUUGCAAAUUAUUUGUUGUUCAGAGCCACCAGUGGUAAAAACAGAGAUGGUAACAAUUUCUAAUGUCUCACAAAGGACAGAAAUCUCCACCAAGGACAUCCCCCUUGUCCAAACUGAGACCAAAACCAUCCCAUGUGAGUUUCCACAGAUUGAAGGCAGGGCUGCUGGUGAUUCGGGCACGUUACUGAAUGCACAGACCAUCACAGCUGAGUCCAUGUCAGCAACGACAACCACGCACAUCACCAAGACUGUAAAAGGUGGGAUAUCUGAACUGAGAAUUGAGAAGCGCAUUGUGAUCACAGGAGAUGCAGACAUCGGCCAUGAUCAGGUGCUGGCCCAGGCAAUCAGGGAAGCCCGAGAGCAGCACCCUGACAUGUCGGUCACCAGAGUAGCUGUGCACAAAGAAACAGAGCUGUCAGAGGAAGGGGAAGAGUUAACCAAAAACGUCAUUCUUUAA